GCAGCAACAACAUUUAUCACACCCACAACCAUGCCAAUGUUAUCAGAAUUUACGAAAUCAUUUCUAACAACCUCACCUUUGCUAAAUGCAACAACAAAUGCAGUGACUCUGACUAGUCUUUCAGAAACACAAAAUCCUGCUCCAACUGCAUUUGUAUCUCAAAGCACAAAAAUAACUGUGUCUUUAGCAACCACUGAAACUACUGCACCAACCAUUAUAUUUGUAACUCAAGAAACCACAAUGCCAUUGUCAACGUCAGCUACUGGUGCCUCGCAAAUUACAAGUGUGACUCCAAUGACUACAUCUGGAGUUAAAACAAGUAUUCCUAUAAACUCAGCUGCUACAAUUGCAUCAACUCAAACAACAGCAGCGGUGGCAAGCAAACUGCUAUUCAACUCCUGGUCUCCAGUCCCCAGUGAAUCUCAGGUCAUGAGUGCUAUCAAUACUCUCCUGAUAUCCAGAGAGUCACAGCUCAGUGAAUCAGUGAAGGUCGUGAAUGUCACCUAUGAGAAAAUCUCAGAAACCUCAUAUGCUGUGUUCUUCACAUUUCACGUGGUUAACAUCAGCAUGCCAGAAGACCCUGAUCUCAGAGGCGACACCUACCAGCAAGUGAAGGAUAUCAUCAAUGAUGCGCUGAACACUCUUCUGAAUGAACCUGGCAAGAUCGUUUUCGAACCCAAAUCUUCCAAUUUCACGAGCUCUUCAAACCAGAUUGAUGGCAGGAUGGACUACACCUUCCAGGAUGGAGAUGCCAUACAACCAGUCAGCUUCCUAAAUGAGCUACGUCUGCCAACCACUACAACAGUGCUUCCAGAAACAACAACAGGUUUCACUGUGACCCCUUCAAAUCUCAUACCUGGUUCAGCAGUGGUCACAAGCAAGCUGGUUUUCAACUCCUCAUCUCCAGUCCCAAGUGAAGCUCUGGUCCUCAGCGCUAUCAACACUCUCCGUAAUUCCAGAGAGUCACAGCUCAGUGAAUCAGUGCAGGUGGUGAAUGUCACCUAUGAGAAAGUUUCGGAAUCUUCCUAUGCUGUCAUUUUAAAAUUUUAUAUGAGUGGCCUCAGCAUGCCAAGGGACUCUGGACUCAGAAACAACAUCUACCUGCAAGUACAGGAUACAAUCAAUAAAGCGCUAAACACUCUUCUGAACGAACCUAGCAGUCCAGCUUUACAACCCAUUUCAUCCAACUUCAAGAGUACAUUCAAUCAGAUUGAGGGCAGUAUGGAGUACAACUUCCAAGAUGCAGAUGUCAUAAAACCAGUCAAAUUCCUACAGGCGCUUAGUUCAUUGACAGUCUUAACAACAGCCAGUACUCUGACAUCAAGCAUAACUUCUCCACAAACAUUGUUGGGGAAGGCUUACAUAAAUAUUCGAUUGGUGUUUCACACACUGGGCCCAAUCCCUAGUAAGGAUUACAUUAUAAACUUGGCCAGCUCUACGCUCAACCCACGUUACAGAACUAAAGUAGUCGCACCACCAACCCAGGGUACGAGCCUUGUGGAUAUCGGCUAUACAAAACUUAAUGAAACCUCCUAUGCUCUCACAUUUGGAUUUGAAAUCACUAAUAUAUCCAUGUCUGAGAAACGUGAACUAAGGAAUGAAACCUAUACUUCAAUCAAAAGCACUAUAAAUAAAUUGCUUGUCGACAUCCUAAAGGAUCCCUCAGCUUCUCAGUUUGAUCUGCAACACAUUGCAUUCGAUGGUAAUAGCACAGUGAUUCUGGCCAGUGUUCAGUAUGUUUUCUCAGAAAGUGACUUGAGCAUAAACAGCGCCUUUGUCAAGGAAAUGUUCAAAGCUAAGGAAGUCUUAACAACAGCCAGUACUCUGACAUCAAGCAUAACUUCUCCACAAACAUUGUUGGGGAAGGCUUACAUAAAUAUUCGAUUGGUGUUUCACACACUGGGCCCAAUCCCUAGUAAGGAUUACAUUAUAAACCUGGCCAGCUCUACGCUCAACCCACGUUACAGAACUAAAGUAGACGCACCACCAACCCAGGGUACGAGCCUUGUGGAUAUCGGCUAUACAAAACUUAAUGAAACCUCCUAUGCUCUCACAUUUGAAUUUGAAAUCACUAAUAUAUCCAUGUCUGAGAAACGUGAACUAAGGAAUGAAACCUAUACUUCAAUCAAAAGCACUAUAAAUAAAUUGCUUGUCGACAUCCUAAAGGAUCCCUCAGCUUCUCAGUUUGAUCUGCAACACAUUGCAUUCGAUGGUAAUAGCACAGUGAUUCUGGCCAGUGUUCAGUAUGUUUUCUCAGAAAGUGACUUGAGCAUAAACAGCCCCUUUGUCAAGGAAAUGUUCAAAGCUAAGGAAGACUUAACGACAGCCAGUACUCUGACAAUAAGCACAUCUCCACCAAACGUGCUUGGGAAGGUGAUCAUAUACAUCAGCCUUGUGUUUAAAACACGGGGUACUAUCCCAAGUGAGAGUAACGUUGUAAAUGUGGCUAACACCCUGUUGUCUGGAAUGAAACUGAGAAUGAAACGAUCCCUCACAACAAAAGAUCUGACUAAGCUUGUGAACUUUGUGAAUGUCACCUAUACAAAAAUUGAUGACAACUCCUUCUCUCUGAACUUUGGAUUUGAAAUCAGCAAUGUGUCCAUGUCUGAAAGAGUUGAAUUCAGGAAUGAGACCUUCACAGUGAUUCAGGACUAUAUAAAUACAUUUGUGUCCAAGAUCCUGAAUAAAACAACAACUACUUACUUUAAUUUCAAUCAAAUCAAUUUCAAGGGUAACUCCUCCGUGAUUGAGGCCAACGUACAGUAUGUUUUCACAGACAGUGACAUCGACAGUUUCGGCUUGGUCUCUGCUUUCCUCGGACUUACUACAACAGCCACUCCAACCACCUAUUACCCCACAGUCCUGACCAGUACAAUCUUAAACAACAGUACAAACGUAGCAUGGAUUGUGGCUAUCAUUGUCCCCUGCGCUAUUGUCAUCGGGCUCGUACCUUGCUGGAUUCUCCUUUGCUGUUUGCUGUGUGGUUGCUGUGCAGCAAUCAGAAAACGUUGGCACAGAAGACGAUCAUACAAUGUACAGUACACAACUCGAAACAGCAUCUUCUAGAGGUAUUCAAGAACAAACUUUGAUGCUUAAAAUAUUAAUUUUCCUGUAUUGCUGGGCAUACAGAACCUCUCUAAAUGUGAUGUAACUGUGAUUAAAAAAAACAACAUCUACUAUUUAAGGAAUGAUUUUAUUUAUUUAAAAAACUGUUAUGUAAAGUAAUGAGAAUCUUGUUUUCUAAAUGAAAGAUUUGUUUGGUAGUAUGUAUUUAAUGUUAAGGGAAAAAAUUUAGAAUGUGUUGAUCACUUCUUUAUUCACACUUAAUGUACUUUAUCUAAAAUAACAUAUUGCACCUGAUGACAUAUGUAUGUACAAAUCACAAUGAAUGUUUUAAGACUGUGUAGCUAAAAACUAUAAUUUAAUAAAACAAUU